AUGAUCCGCCGCCCGAAGGAGCACUUCCCCGCGGCGAACGGCGCGGACGGCGCGCGCGCGAACGGCGCGAAGGUGACGUCCUCGAGCUUUUUCCCGCCAUCGUCGCAUCCGGGCGCGGCGAACGGAGGCGCGACGCGGCGCGUCGACGCCGCGGGCGGCGCGGGGCGGAACAACUUCGCCGCGCCGCCGCGGCAGCCCGUCGCCGCGCCGCGGACGCGGAGGGACGGCGUCGGCGGCGCGAGCGGCGCGGAGGCGGACCCGAACCCGCUGCGCGCGGGCGCGCCGUCGUCGGGCGCGGGCGCGGGCGGAUGGGUCUCCACGCGCGGGCAGCUCCACCCUCGCGACGGCGGCGGCGCGGCGGGUAUGGCGGCGGCGCGAUCGCGCGCGCCGUACCUCCCGAGAUCGCCUCCGUCCUCGACGUCCUCCGCGGCGGCGCAGACGGACGCGAUCGAUCCGUCCACGGCGUCCACGCCGAACGCGCAGCUCAGGUUCCAAGCGUCGCUGCAGCGCGAGCUGAGAGACGCGAAGGAGGAGCUCGUCCGCGCGCAGCUCGAGAACGUCGCGCUCGCGUCUCGCCUGCGCGAGUCGAGCUCGCCGGGGGCGUCGUCGCGGCGAGGCGCGGAGAGCGACGUCACGUGCGGGACGAUCGCCGGGAUGCUCUCCGAGGAGGACGCCGACGAGCGACGCCGCGAGCUGCUCGAGGCGAUUCGAGACGAGCGCGACGCGAGAGGACGCGUCGAGGAGCGCGCGCGCGCGUUGGAGGCGGAGCUGAGCGCGAAGGACGAUAAGCUGCGGGCGGCGACGGAGAUGAUGCACGAGAUGCGCGAGGCUCUCGUGGAGGCGUACGACGGGACCGCACAUGGCGCGGGGAGAGACGCGGGGCCCGCGGGGACGACGACGCGGGGAGGAAAAAGCGGCGCCGACGACGACGACGACGCGGCGGCGGCGACCGCGACCGCGGCGACCGCGACCGCGGUGAGCCCCGGGGACAUGGCCGCGGGCGCGGUGAAGGGCGUCGUCUCCCUCGUCGGCGUCCUCGUCGGGACCGCCGGGUUCGAGCUCGUCUGGCCGCUCGUCCUCGCGGCGCUGUGGCUUCGGUAUCAACUGUGGAGCGCGUCGUGA